AUGCCUCAUCCAUCGCCAAAGAACACGGAUAAAUCGGGUUCAGUAUUGUAUCGGCAAAAUGCUGGUGCGCAGAUUGAUCGUAUUGGAACACUGCUGCUUGAAAAGAAAUGCCUUGAAAUGAAACGGCCAGGUGCGGGUGAUGAAGGCGUCUGCAAUUUCAACGCUUCACCGAAUUCGAAACGUCAAAAAGGAAUCGACGAAUCGAUGCUUGCAUUGUUUUCGGCACAGGAUGAUCAGAACAGUCUCGGAACGAGAGAAAAUUCUCCGUCAGUGGUGGAUACAACGGUUAAUAAUGAGGCCAAACAGGAACAAAGCUCACCGUUAAUCCAAUUCUUCCUUUACGAUGUGGCAAAAUAG